AUGGCACCAGUUCAAGACCCGCCAAAUGAGAACAUUUCCUGGCAUAUCCUAGUUGGAACUAUUGUCACCAUUAUCCCGGCUACCAUAUGUGUGAUCUUGCGAUUCAUUGCCCGCUAUAUCCCCGGCAUUGGCCUGUGGUGGGAUGACUAUACCAUCGCAGCAUCUCUGGUGGUCAACUGGGGUAUGGCUGCUUUGAGAUGGGCGCAGAUCGCGUUGUAUGACUAUGGCCGUCACUCUCAAUAUGUGACAAAGGAGCAGCGCAUCGGAUUUCUCAAGAGUUUCUUGGCUGUCCAAAUCCUAUAUUUCACCAAUGCCGUCUUGACAAAGGCAUCGCUGCUGCUUCUCUUCCACCGUAUUUUUGGUGUGGUUAGAUGGUUUCGCUGGGUUCUCUGGGCGUCCGGAGUCCUGGUCAUUUGCUAUUUUAUCGCCUGUGUAAUUGCAUCGAUUGCGGGAUGUUCGCCAGUGGCGAAGUUUUGGGACACUGACAUACCAGGACACUGCAUCAACGAAAUCGCCUUCUUCCGCUGGAAUGGCGUUGCGAACAUGAUUCUGGAUUUCCUAGUGCUUUCCCUGCCAUUCCCGAUGGCUUGGCGAGUGAACACAACCCUUCGACAAAAGCUGAUUCUGACUGGUAUCUUCCUACUCGGUAGCUUUGUCUGUAUUGUCUCAAUCCUUCGAGUUGUGAGCUUUGAUAAUGCAAACCCGAAUGAUCCAACUUUCUCCAAUGUCAAUCCGGCAACUUGGUCCUCGGUUGAGCAAUCUGUUGGGAUAAUCUGUGCCUGUCUUCCCACGCUCCGGCCUCUCUUCCGACGGCUGUAUGGCUCCUCGAGAGCAGACUCGCAUAUGGAUGGUAGCUCUUCCUAUGAUGAUCAACACCCAACCUCGCUACCUCGACGCUUGUCGCAGUAUGAUGACGACAGCAGCAUUCUUGGAUUUGCCCAAUCGAAUUCAACGCGGCAUGACAUGCGCAGUACUUCCUCGCAUCAGCUAGAAGUGAUGCAGAGUAUGAAUCGCGCACCAACAGUUCAUGAGGAUAAUGACCGUCCUAUUUCGCAGGCUUCGUAUAUGAAUAUGAACAGACAGGUAUCUGCAGCUAAAUCAUUUGGUUAA